AUGACCGCCUGGAUCCUCCUUCCUGUCAGCUUGUCAGCAUUCUCUAUCACUGGCCUAUGGACUGUGUAUGCCAUGGCCGUGAUGAACCGCCACGCAUGCCCUGUGGAGAACUGGUCCUACAACGAGUCCUGCUCUCCUGACCCCGCUGAACAAGGGGGCCCCAAGACUUGCUGCACCCUGGAUGAUGUCCCCCUCAUCAGGAAAGCCAGACUGGCCGCAGACCUUGACAGUCUCAGGGAGUCCAAGGAGUCUUGGGCUUCCACACAUCCUACUGAACAUUUCCUUAGCCCCAUUCCAGGUGCGGUCUUCUUUAUGCACGAGAGCUCUCAGCUGCAGCAUGGGGCAGCCCUGUGCGAGUGGGUGUUUGUCAUUGACAUCCUCAUUUUCUACGGCACUUUCAGCUAUGAAUUCGGAGCAGUGUCAUCAGAGACGCUGGUGGCUGCGCUGCAGCCUGCCCCUGGUCGGGCCGCCAAGUCCUCUGGGAGCGGUCGCACCUCCACUCACCUCACCUGUGCCCCCGAAAGCAUCGCCAUGAUCUGA